UUUAGAAUUGGUUAAUAUUAGGUAAAAAUUGCUUUUUCGUUGGCUAUAAAUGGGAAACAAAGCGGGAGGCGAGAGAGCAUUCCUCUGGUUCUGAAGUUACGAAACCGAAGCGGAUCAGAGUUGCAUUUUUGCGCCUCCCUGAAUCAGUCUUUUACAAGCAAAAUCCCUUGAAUUCGGUUUCCAACAUGAUACCUGAAGAAGUCGAGCAGAACGAAGACAUUGUCCUUCGGUUGAACAAAUUGGUCAUGGAGGACUCAGAUCCAGAAUUCAAGAAAGAACAAGAUGAUCGAAGCCUUCCUAAAAUGCAAGAAGAAAAUGCGGAGGAUCUCGAUAACGAUGCAUCACUUUCUCGAAACGGUAUCAAGAAAAAUCCGAUCAACGAUGACGAGGAAGAAUCGAAUCGUUCAAGUCUAGCAGACUUCCAAGUUCUUCUUCCAACCAAAGAAAAAGAAAAGAAAGGGAAAAACAAAGAAGAAUCUGUAGAAGAAUCUCACGAGGUGAAAACAGCGACAAAGAAACUUGAAGAAGAAUCGUUUGAUCCGUUUGAUUCAAGUUUGGACACUCUGGAAGCACUGGAGAAAAUCGUGUUGGAAUACUACGAGUUCCUCAACUACGCAUUACGGAUUUUGAAACAGAAAGCCAAUAAUAUAGGUAUUUACCGGGAAAAUUAAUUCAUCGGGAAAUUGGAAAUGGAAGAUAAGAAAGAAUCUGAGAAAUUUAGAAAUUUAAGCUGUUCUGUUCCUCUUCUUCCUGAUGGAUUUGAGGUUGAUUUUAGAUUUUAGAUUUUAGUUUCAGAUUUUUUCUAUUGUAUAAAUCAAUCAA